ACUUGCAGUUAUGUUUUUUCUUUUAGAAUUCAAAAAAUAUUAUGAAAGUUACUGUUCGGACUCUCGAUUCUCAAAGUUAUGAAUUUGAUUCAGAAAAUGAAGAGAUUACAGUCAAAGAAUUUAAAGAGUUGAUCUUACCAAAAGUUAAUGUUGCAGUGGACAAACAAAGACUUAUUUUCCGUGGAAAGGUUCUUCAUGAUGAUAAAAAAAUAAAGGAAUAUGGUGUGGAUGGUUGCGUUAUUCAUCUAGUAGAAAGAGCCCCACCUCCUCCAGCUAAUCGUGAGAGAAGUCAACCGAACGUCUCGUCUCAACAAUCAUCUAAUCAAAAUGUUGGUAAUGGAGGAGUGCCAGUAUACAUUGGAGCAUUAAACACAUCUGCAGACAAUCUUAAUGGGGUUGCUCAGCAUUUAGUAGAUAGUUUGGUAUCACAAUUUGGUGCUGGAAAUGUAUCUGCUAGCCAAAGGGGCAACAGUCUGAAUGUUAACAUCAAUGUUCACACACAGAAUUCUGAAAGAUCUGACGUUCAGAACCGAAUAGGAACAGCCAGACGUUUCUUAUCGCAUGCUGAACACUUGCUACGACAUGUGAGUCAGCCCACACACCAGUCACCAUCCCAGUGUACAUGUAAUGAUGAACAACAGACAAGUGAAGAUACCCAACGAAUGGACACUACUUCAACAACUGAUGGAAGUGAAAACGAUCAAAAUACACAGCAAGAAAGUUCUUCAGAAAUUAAUGAAACGAGCCCUCAAGCACUUGGUCACGAAUUUGAUAGGUUUCAACAUUUCUACCAGCAUCUUCAGCCACAUUUACAAAGAUACACAUAUUUGCUUAAUAACCCCCAGGCUGCAGAUCGAUCACCUAGCGAUGAUCUUCUUUCAGACCAGAUGGCUGAAAUCUUUCAUGAUUUUAGUCACAUGUUUCAUGCACUGUCAGAUUUGUCAUUCAAUUUUAAUUCACCUUCGCCGCAAUCCCUCAUGUGCUAUCCACAAAUGUCUCCAGUUCGGUUCCCACCACCUAUGCCUCAUGUUCAUAUGUCUACAUCAACGACUAGUAAUCAAAGGGCGCAGAGCCCAGCUACUUCCAAUGCUGGGGUGCCUACUGGUCAACCAGGAAAUAUAUCAGGAAGACAGCCAGUGAGGCAAAGAACACCAGUGGCUGUUGCUGCUAUUUCAACUGUUGUGCAAGUUCCAGUUAUGCAAUAUGCUUCCUCGUCUCACACCCAAUCAACAACCCCAACUGUAAGUAGCAAUCCAACAACAUCAGUUAGUCCUCAUCCCAUGCAAGGUAUGUUUGGACCAAUUUUCAGCAAUAGUCCUUUUCCACCCCCGCAUGGUGGUAAUUCUUCUAUCCAAGUUGGUGUUAUAUCGGGUAACAAUGGUGCAACACAAACGUUUAACAUUGGACAAGAUGGUCUAAAUCAGGGCCAGGGACCUCCUGGAGGUCAGUUGCCAUUUGGUUUGCAAAACAUCAUGCAAAAUAUCAUGCAAAACAUGGCAGGAGGAAGCACUGCCCAACCAACAAAUCCAACAAUGACUUCUUCUGUUACAUCAAGCACAGAAACAACUAUGAAUAGUCAGCCCCAACAGCCUCAAAGUCAACAUCAGAGCACGCAUAAUUCUUUCCACCAAAGUAUGCACCAAGCUGCUCACCAGAGGGCUCACCAAGCUGCCAAUCAAGCCACCCAAGGUAGUGCUCGCCAUAACACCCACAACCAUCGCCCACACCCACACCACCACCACCACAAUCAAGAUGGAUCUGUCAUGCACCCAGACAUGCUGUUACCAUGUCAUUCAUUUCACUUUGGUCCAACAUUUUUUCAUGGUAAUAACAUGCCAGGAGAACCUCAUGUUGUUGCUGAAGUGAGUAGCAUUGUUAUUGAUGGUAAUGGAAGACCAGUUACAACGUCAAAUGGGACCACAACUUCUAACAGUACAACUGAAACUUCCACUGCUAAUCUAUCAAAUACUGCUGGUGUUCCCAAUAUGAGAACAAUAUCUGAUAUGCUAAGUGGUGUUUUUGGUGCAAGUAAUAACGUGGCUGCUCAAACAGAGCCUAGAAUUCCUGUUUCUAAUGGCAAUAACACCAUGGAUGUAGAUGGUGUAGAUUCACAAGAGAUUCUCCGCGAUGUCCACCAAAUGUUUCAAGCCUUUAUGGGUGGUCAUGCAAGUGGUAUAAGUUUCCCCAAUGAACGAGAAACUUUACGUGACUUUGUACGUCAGAACUUUGGUAUACUUGAGUCAAGACAAGAAGACCUUUUGACUGAUUUCAUUGACAUGCUUGCCGAUAACUUAACAAUGCAUGAUUUGAUUGGAUUAUUUAUGGGUACUUCAACGGAGGCCUGGGCUCGUCUACAUGCACCUUUUCGUCAACUGAUUGAAAAACAUUUUAAUGACAAUGCUCGGUUGAACGAAAGCAACAUACCGGAAAUAGCUCAAAAAAUUGCAGAUAGCAUGGGUGAGACUUACACUGAAGUGGAGGGACAAGUAACAGUACAUGCUGAGGUAGACCUUGAAGCAACAUUAAGAUCGCUCGAUGUUCAAUUUUUUAAAAAGUUGCUGCAGCUUCUUUUAAAUGAUACUCCAGACUUUUCAAGAAAUAUACGGGAAUGGUACGUCGAUUACACCACGUGGAGUUUUGCUGUUCUCGAUUAUUCAGUCACUGGUGGUGCUGACAGAUUUAUGAUGGCGCUUGUAGACUCACCUUCGGUUCGAAGCAUGUUUGACGACAUGUCGUCGUCAGUACGACACUUGGCUUUGCAAACGUUGGUUAGUCGGAUCCGUUCGGCGUCUGCUGGACGACAUAUCACAUCUUCGGAGUUGAACUCUGUUCUUAUAAAACCAGGGGCUAAAGCAACGGUAAGGAAGAACCCCUGCAAAGGUACUGGUGACGACAGAGCCGCCAAACGAACGAAGAAAAACGACGACAAGGUUGAUGUGAAUGAAAAAUGGGAAGAAAACAACCCAGGUUUUGAGCUGACUGCAGAAAGUGAACCGGGUAGUCCAUCAUCCCCUGAAGACUGGCAUUCACGUGUACCUAGUGAUUGGGUUGUGAUCAUUAAUCGUGAUGGUGAACGUCAACGAUCAAUGCCUCCACAACGACCCUACAGUGAUGCGUAUUUGAGCGGCCUCCCACCCAAGCGAAGAAAGAUGAUGACACGACACUCCGCUGAAGCCGAUAGAAUAGAUGUUAAUGAAUGCGUAAAAACGGCCGUCGAACGUACUGACGUGGAACGAAAGCACGAUGUUGACGAACUUAAAAAGGAGAUUGAAGAUACCAACCUACAAGCGAUGUUCGACACAACAUUUCGUCAUGACGUCCGGCGUCGGUUACAAGAAGAUGACGACUAUAGACCAAAACAACAUCCGAAUACUGAGAAAUAUUUUAUGAAGGAGAAGAAAUAAAAAUGUUGUAACAAUAAAAAAUGCAUGUACAGGCUUGGGCUUCACUAAAUAUAAUCUUUUUGUAUA